GAUAGAUAGAUAGAUAGAUAGAUAGAUAGAUAGAUAGAUAGAUAGAUAGAUAGAUAGAAGGAAGGAAAAAAGAAAACUAUUUACAGUGUGAUUCUGAAUAAAACGUGGAAACAAACGUUUUUUUCCAAACUCUUUUCCAGACAAAACCCAAAACUGGAAAACAAUAAAAGAUACUACAGAUUUAUAUUUAUACAUAUUUAUAUUUAUAUAUCCAGUAACAUAAGCUACACUAACACUAACUAGCCACAUAGUUCAGAUUAAACUCUAACAUGAUGCAUUCAAGUCUGACAACAUGUGUAAAAGUUUAAAGGCUGUAAAACCUUUUGCAGUGGCAGUAUCUGUAUUAAAAUGAACUUGAUGCAGUUUGUGUCUCUGUUUCUGCUUCUGCUCGUUUCUUCAGUUAUUUUCUGAAUGACUCCCCCCCCUCCUCGGGGUCAAUCCAUGGGAAAAGAAAGUUUUCCUGCAGCCCUGAGAGAAAUCCAGUUAUUUUCGGACAACACGUCACCGGUUUUAGUUGCAGCCCAGAAACUUCUUUCCAUCAUCCAGCUCGCUUUCUUCCCUCUCUCUCUCUUUAUAAACUUGUUGCACAGCUGUGUUGUUCCCCGUUCUCACGCACGGCGCCGCACGCCCGCAGCGGCGCACACAUGAGCGGGCAGCUUGAGGAAACGUCAGCAGGUUUCGGCUCGCUGCGUGACAUUGCGGUGCCCGUUUUCCUUUCAGCAAACGACUCAAGGAUGGACGCGUGACGCACCGAGCCACAGUGAGGGAGCGUGCACACACGUCAGCUCGGGGAGGGCAAAGCCUGCUUAAAAUGCAGCGAAUGUGACAGCCGAGCCCACAGUCCAGACUACAGCAGCGCCUGGACUGGAAAGGUGAAGCGGGGCGGGGGCGGGGGGCACCAGCAGCAUGACCGUGGUGCCCGGGGAGAACCUGGAUGAGACGGUGGCACUGGCCGCGCUGUCCGCCCAGGAUGUGUACGACCCGGAGCGAGCCGACAACCAGGAGUGCUGCGAGCGGGUGGUCAUCAACAUCUCCGGGCUGCGCUUCGAGACGCAGCUGAAGACCCUGGCCCAGUUCCCCGCCACUCUGCUGGGGGACCCGCGCAAAAGGAUGCGGUUCUUCGAUCCGCUCAGGAACGAGUACUUCUUUGACCGGAACCGACCCAGCUUCGAUGCCAUCCUGUACUACUACCAGUCUGGCGGACGGCUCCGGAGACCCGUCAACGUGCCUGUGGACAUCUUCAUGGAGGAGAUCAAGUUCUACGAGCUGGGGGAGGAGGUAAUCGAGAACUUUAAGGAGGAUGAAGGGUUCAUCAAGGAGGAGGAGCGGCCGCUGCCGGAGAACGAGUUCCAGCGGCAGGUCUGGCUCCUGUUCGAGUACCCCGAGAGCUCCGGACCCGCUCGGGGCAUCGCCAUCGUCUCCGUGCUGGUCAUCCUCAUCUCCAUCGUCAUCUUCUGCUUGGAGACCUUACCCGAGUUCAGGGAGGAGGCCCGGAUCUUUGAUGGGGUGAUUCCGACAAACGGCACCGCGGGCGCCGAGCCACCGAACCCGUUCACGGACCCAUUCUUCAUUGUGGAGACGCUCUGCAUCAUCUGGUUCUCCUUCGAGCUGCUGGUCCGGUUCCUCGCCUGCCCCAGCAAGCCCGCCUUCUUCAAGAACAUUAUGAACACCAUCGACAUCGUGGCCAUCAUGCCCUACUUCAUCACGCUGGGGCUGGAGCUGGCGGAGCACCAGGGCAACGGCCAGCAGGCCAUGUCGCUGGCCAUCCUGAGGGUCAUCCGCCUGGUCCGGGUCUUCCGCAUCUUCAAGCUCUCGCGGCACUCCAAGGGGCUGCAGAUCCUGGGGAAGACGCUGCAGGCCAGCAUGCGGGAACUGGGCCUCCUCAUCUUCUUCCUCUUCAUCGGGGUCAUCCUCUUCUCCAGCGCGGUGUACUUCGCGGAGACCGACGACCCGGAGUCCGGCUUCAGCAGCAUCCCGGACGCCUUCUGGUGGGCCGUGGUUUCCAUGACGACGGUGGGCUACGGCGACAUGUGUCCAGUGACCAUCGGUGGGAAGAUCGUGGGCUCCCUGUGCGCCAUCGCCGGAGUCCUGACCAUCGCGCUUCCGGUUCCGGUCAUCGUCUCCAACUUCAACUACUUCUACCACCGGGAGACCGAGCACGAGGAGCAGUUCCAGUACAAGCACGUGACCUGCGGACAGCAGCAGGCGCCGUUCGGCGAGUUCAAGCGGAGCGACAGCCGGCCGUCGCUGUCCAAGUCCGACUACCCGGAGAGCGAGGACGCGGACUCUGUCAAGUACACGAACUGCAGCCCGCACAAGGCGUACGGCGGGAAGCUGACGGACGUCUGAGGCGCCUUGUUUCCGCCAUCAGAGGGAAUGUUUUCAGUUGGAUCCCCUCUCCACUCCCGACACGGUCUUCCAUCCAGCAGGACAACUGAUCAGCCUCUGUAGCACUUUACUGUCAUUAGUGAGCAGCUUUAAGGUUUACAUUCUUCUGACACGGGACCAAAUUAAAACUCAGUUUAAAACUUUACAAAAAAAAAGAGCCUGCGAGACAACACGCAGGGUUAGGAGUAAGAAAAAACAAAAACAAGAAAACCCUCAUUGAAUUAAACACAACGAAUCUGACGUGAAGCUUUUUCCAAUACAACAGCGCCAUCGUGUGGUCAAAGCGGCUCACUGCGCCGCCGUGGCAGAUGCAGUUUCCAUGGCAACCUUCCAGACUUUUCUGUUGUUGUCUGGUGCAGGAGCAAAAAGUGAGGAGGCUCCAAACCACCAUGUUGUGGAAGCAUCCAUGUUGUUAAAAAAACCCCCACAAAAACUGAGAUGCUCAGCAGCUAAUUACUAAAGACAAGUUAAAAGAAAUUAUUAAAUACAAUAAAAUACUAAGAUUAUUGCUUACAGCAGCAAUUUAAUACAUUAACAGUUCAGUUUUAGAUGUUUCAGAGCUCAACCUCAUUUAUCGUGGAUAUAAAUAUGUUCAAAAAGAUAAUUUCAAGAAAAAUACAUAAAGUAAGACAUCAAAAUAAAAAAUCAAGUAUUAACAGAAAAUACUAAAUUAUAUUCACGCUUUAUAGUUGUACAGUAGCACAAAAAGGUUAAAAAUAGAAACAUAAAUUGUAAUACGUAAAUUAAAAUGAAAUAUAAUUUUUUUUAGGGGAUUUUAAGAUAAAAUGCAAAUCAAGAACUAGUUUAAACUAUUCAAUUUAAUCUAUUUAAAUGAGUUCAAGUCUGAAAAGCUAUCAAUCUUUUCAACAAAUCAUUGAACUGCUAAAUAGUUUUGGUUCUAAAAUAAUAAUGAAUAAUAAUUCAAUUUUAAUGCACAAAAAACAAGAAUGCAUGAAGAAAUUGGGAAACAAAACAUCAUAGGAUUUUCCUUUAACGGAGUUAAGAAAUAAUAAUUUUUAAAAAAUCCCAAAUAGCUUUUCAAAAAUAAAUUUAAAGUAUUUAAAAUAAAAAGAUCAGUCUCUUGCUUUCAUAGAGAUCCCCAGCGGUUCUGGUCCAUACCUGAUCCAAGCUGAAGGCCCUUCAGUGUUGGAGCUUCCUGGUCCAGCUGCACCUGGACUCACCUGGACAGCGGGCGGAGCAGGCGGAGCUGCUGGAGACAAAAACAGAGGAUUUUUAACAAGCUGACGGAGUAAAAACCUUCGCUGGAGUUUAUCAGACUGAUGGAUGUUUGAAGGAAAAGUCCGACGGCUCUUCAGCUCAGACCAAUAUUCAGUUCUGGUCCCACAAGGGAAAGAUUGACGAACCUCACUAACCCACUCCAGCUGCCACCAUCCUCCUCAUCCUCUCCAGCUUCUCUCCUCCGAUGAAGAAAAAAACAACAAAGCUUGGAUUAAAUACAAAAACAAAACUUCACGAGAAACUCGGCUUACUCUCGGAUUUUUACAGAGCACAGACUCUGAGGUACGAAUCAAAUGUUACUUGAAUCAUCAGCUAUGUCCUGCGUAUACUUAGAUGUUGUUUGGGAGGUUUCUCCUGUUGCUGUAGAGAACAAGAACUUGUUGUUGCUGUCUGUAUGUCGCAUAUCAUAUCCAAACCAAAUCACUGCAUGCUUGGAAAGUAGAGCAUGUAAACAGAAGAAACGUGGGAACAACAUCGACAGCUCGCAGAUACGGAGAAGUUAUCCUGUCAGACAGAUGACUUUAGUUUUUUAAAGUAUCAUACUAUAUAUGUUUUAUACUGGGAGGUUGACAUGGUGAAUUAUUUUGUAGAUUUUUAACUUUUUUUUUUUUUUUUUGCCUUGGUGAAAACAAAGCAGCUCCAGCAGGCAGCUCUGAUGAACAUGUCUGCACCAGUGGGAGGAAAAAUGGGGGUAAAAGUGUGAAAAUGCAUUAAAUCCAGACAUCCGUUUAUAUCUGAAUGUUUCUGUUUGGAUCUCUGAUCAGAAUGCUGUAUUCCUGAUUUAUCACUACCUCAGUGUCAUCUCACUGAAAAAAUAAGCUUUAACACCUGAAGGACUGAUUAUUGUCACGAACACCGCUCAAGUUAUCUAAAAUGUUCUCAAUUUAACCUCUAAAAUAUACAAAGAACUAAACUAUAAAGAUGUUUUCACCUUGAUAUCAGGUAGAAAAGCACAUUUAGAGAAACUUAAUGAGCCUCAGAUGUCCAGCCUGGGUGAGAAAAGUAGCUUUUUUGCACAUUGUUUUGUUUUUGCAUUUUCUAUUAUGUUAAAAGGCAAUAAGGUCCUGCAGAGUGGCUCUGCCUGUCUUCAACAUUUAACAAGGAAUCAGUCCAGCACAAAUUUGAAUUUUAAAUAGAUCUGAAAUUUGGGAAGACAAAUAAACUGGGGAACUGUAGCACUUUUUAAUAUUGCUCAAAUUUCUCUCAAAUUAUCUAAAAGAUGCACAUUUAUUUGGAGCACGAUGAGCUGCAGGUGGAAACAAACCCCCAAGAUGGCAGUGUUUUUCUUUGUGGUUCAUUUUUAGCUUCUUAACUUUUAUUUCAAAAUAUUUGAGAUUUAAAAAUAUAAAAACAAAACGACUGACACAUUUAUGACUGACACAUUUAUGUGUCAGUCAUAAAUGUUAACUACUUUCGGUUUCCCUCUGGAACGAAGCUGAAAAUAAAUAAAAACUCAUUUGAGAAAUAUUGGAUCUAAAACGCUGGGAGAAUUUUAAGCCUUUGUUAAUUAAAUCACUGUUUCUCAGCAUAAUACUGAAAAUCAGAUUGUUACCAGGGAUUGGACGUCGCUGCUAACCCAUCACAGUGAUGCCAACAUUUUGUUUUGGGUAAAAAUCCCACCCAGAAACUGCUGACACUCAAGAAUCACAGAGUUACUAAAUUGUGACGUUGCUGAUAUAUAUCAGUGUAUCAUCAGCGUAGAAAAUGUUUUGGUUUUACAAAAUCAACAUUAAGGGUUCCUAUUUUAAAGAGCUUGGGAUAUUGCAACACAUGAGGAGUUGCUAUGGUAACUUUAACACAGAAUAAUGUCCAUACUUUGACACCAAAGAUAAGCUGCACCAUGGGGGGUCCUUGUAGGUUGUUGGAAAUCCAGUGGGAUUUAUUAAGAAACACUUUCACAGUUUAAAUUUUAUUAUCAUAUUGGUAACCUAUUUCUGAAGAUGGGCAUCUGAAACAGGGCGGGCCAUGAUGGCCUCAUGCCUCGGCUGUGACCCAAUCAUGGCCGUAGCUCAGCUUGGCAUGUUCUGACAUGUAGCUGCAUCUUGACACAGUUUAGGACAGUUGUGUUAGCUUGUGGUGCCAACAUGAGGAUAUGUGGUAAAAUCAAUGUGGAACAAUGAUGCUGAUGGUUAGCCGAAGAUCUUGGUAGAACAUGAGUGGUUCUGAUCAUCGUCUUGGUGAGGUCACACUUUGGGGAUGCAGUGUGAAGCAUUACAUCUUCGUUUGUAGAUGUUUUAAGCAUCUACAAACUUUUUCUGCAAGGCUGUGAUGGUUUAUUGUCGUGAUGUCAGUGUAUCCUUGAAGUCCAAGCAUGGCUUGGCUAUUGUCACAUGAAACAGAACUGGCCACGAUGGCUUCAUGCUAGGCUACAACCAAAAUUACAGCGAUGUAACAGUGGUGAAGUGUGAAUGGGAAUCUGAGAAAGUUGUACAAAGUCACAGCCCAGAAUGUGUAGCAAUCAUCAAGGUUUCCCCCAGAAAACCUGGUAAGCCCGGUUGUUGUGGCGUUGGCAGUCAUAGUCAAGUUAGGCUAGGUUAUGGCUGACAAGAUAAUGAAGACCAUAUUAAGAUCUUCGUCCAGAGCAAAGUAGCCCUAAGGGAAGUGAGCCAGCAUCUUCAUUGACCAAACACGUUUAGACACUGAUUAAUGUCAAAGUUUGGUUGAAAAGUUGUUGGGAUGAACAAAUAGUUUUCCAGAUUUUCUAAAUUUGAGUUGAAGGAACGAUAAUUAUACAACCAUAAAAGUUGCCCAAAGACAGCAGCUUCCCUCCAGAGAAUCAAAGAUUGUACAGAAAAAUUGUAAACUUUAUUGCAUCUUUUUCUGUCAAAAAUAUGAGCAAUUGUCACGCAAAGUUUCAAAACCGUGCAGAAAUGUUAUCACAAAGUUUUAAUGGUAAAUGUUGAUUUAUGUUAGCAUGUUGUCUUUAGUUCUGGAUGUAGGAAUAGCGCCACCUGCAGCUCAUCAGCUCAACUUUUCAAACUGCUAAAACCAAACAAAUUCAGGAGUUUCUUAUAUAUACAGCUGUGGAAAAAAUUAAGAAAUCACUUAAAAUGAUCAGUUUGUCUGAUGUUGCUAUUUAUAGGUAUAUAUUUGAGUAAAAUGAACAUUGCUCUUUUAUUCUGUAAACUACUGACAACACGUCUCCAAAAUUCAAAGCAAAAAUUUUAUAUUUUCUUGCAAAAAAUGAGAAAUAGUCAAAAUAAUGAAAAAUAUGCAGUGCUUUCAGACCUCAAAUACUGCAAAGAAAACAAGUUCAUAUUCAUUUAGAAACAAGAAUACUAAUGUUUUAACUCAGGAAGAGUUCAGAAAUCAGUAUUUGGUGCACUGGGCUCUUAAUUCUUCCAGAGCUGGAUAUUUGCUGAACUUUUUGGAUUCAUUUGGACUGAAAGGCAGGUGGUGUGGGUUGAGACAGCGGACUGAAUCCAAGCUCUCGCUCUCUUGUUGAAGGUUUGGUGUAUCCACAAACCUGCGUCACUGCAGCCCACAUAAACACAGAAGUUCAUCCACUCUGCAGCGUUCGUCUGGCCGUCACUGCUUUUCUGAUGCAUAAAAACAGCCGAGGGAGAUUUCAGUUGGACUGAAGCUCUGACUGAUGAUUAAUGUGUUCUGCAUACUGUAAGUGCAAUAAAAAUGCGACGUUCCCCCUGUGCGUGCGGCAGCGUACCGAUUAUGACAGACGGCCGUGGCUGCGGUCAGACUGUUCAUCCUGUAAAACAGCUGCUGUUUCGUUUUUCAGCUGAAAACUUCAGGUUCAUCACCGAGUCAUUCUCAUCCUCCAACAGGAAGCAGCAAUAGAUUCCUGCAAUGUGGGAACUUUGAAGUGGAAGGAGUGUUUGCAAAAUGCGUUACUAUGAUUUCUUCAGUUUUUUUUUAAUUCCAUUUGUUGAUGUUUAUUUUUGUGAUCUAUGUUUGAUAAAAAUAAAUCCUUAAUUCUGAUAAAUCUCCAUGUGUUUCACAUGACAACACAUGAACUUUCCGUUUUGUGUGUGCAUUUUCUUUUGGCGUUGAUGUGUAAAUGAGUACGGCUGGAUUUAAAAUGGUUUGAAUCUCAGUUAGAUUCAUUCGUUCUGCGGUUAGAAGAGUUUCACAUUUGGCUGGAAACAAGGCAGAGUAAUAGAAAGCAAUUUAUUCCCUUUAAAGGGGAAACUUCUUUUCACCAACUAUUAAAAACUUUAAAAUAUUAUAAUUAUGGAAGAAAAUGUAACUGAACCAACACAAGAGAUUAAGUCAUAUUAAUACAAUAAAUCAGCUCUUUUUCUUUAAUUACAUAGACGGACUAAUUGGAGAAAAUGGUCAAUCGAUUUAGUUUUUAAAUUAUCUGAUCAAUACUACUUAGAAGUAGUUUUGCAAAUAGGAAAAAAAACUAUAAAAACCAACCAGGCUCUAUGUGGAAAAGAAACUGUCCUCUAAACCCAUUACCAUAAACUACCACCAAGAAUUUGUGACUUUUACAUUUCUGAAGAGGAAUCCUGGUUUUAAUUCAGCCACAAUUCAAAAGGCAGCAGUUUAUUUAAGUUUAUUCUCCAGUUCCACCAAACUUUUCAACCACAUUGAAUUUGACAUCUCAGUUUCCCAGGUUAACUUUUUUUUUAAUCAAUGUCCAUUAAGGCAAUGCUGAUUUGUAAAUAAUUUAAUUAACAAUCUAGUAAACAGAAAAAUCUUUAUCUGAAGCAGAACUGAAAUUGAAAAAGUGUUUAAAGUGCUUCAAUGAGCUGAAAUUGAAACUUAAAAACAUUCCAAAAUAAGAUAAAUGAAUGAAAUAGAUACAAAUUUAAUUAUAAGAAGUAAUAUUUUAUGGAUUAAGCAUCUCAAAUUUAACAUUUCAUUUAAGAAUAAAUAUUUAAUUUCAGCACCGGUAAUGAUUUUCAGACAGUUUAGGGCUUAAAAUGAUGAAAAAGUUUUCAAUUCUUCUUUUAAAUUUCUCUUCUCUUCUGUGCUACAUCUACUCUGAUUAUCUGACUAGCAUAGCCUAGCCUAGCUAGCAUGGCCUAGCCUACCCUAGGCUAGCUAGCACAGCAUAUCAUAGCCUAGCCUAGCCUGUCACAUACAGUAAUAUCUAAACCAUUCCCAGGCAGAUCUCCACCAUCUCUGACUGGUUUAGACCAUAAAAUGGAUCUGGUGUGUGUUUGUUGUUCAUCUCCAUUUAUCAGUGACUUUUUUUGGCUUUCGAUCUUUUGAUCGCAGCGGUGCAACCUCUGAUUGUUUUAGCCACAACUUUGAGAAAUUAGGUUGCAACUCCAACAAAAUUGGUUGCACUCUAGAGCCUUGACAGUAUAUAAAUUGACAUUACGUCAGAACUUUGACUAGACCACUUCAGGAUCUCAACUGACUGCCUGUUUAGUCUGCAGAGUAUUUUAGCAAAGUGUUGAGGAUCAUCAACAUGUUUUCUGGUAAAUGUCACAAAGUUUUUUGUUUUCUAUGGUGCCUCCAAAGCAAAAUGGACGACUUUAAACUUCUUAUUUAAACUGAGAUGUUCAUUAAGUGGCCAUUAAUGCAUAAGGUAAGUUAGGUUUGUACAUUUAUUGUGUGGUUAUGGAAAAGACGCCCCUGAUAAGAAACCAGCAGUGCUCCAUCUAUAUGCAAUAACACAUAAUGAAAAUAUCAUCAGUAAAUUUGUCUGGUUGUUUUUAACUGUGCAUAAAACCUUUAUAGUGCCUUAAUCAGAAUCUGUUAUGAAUAUUUUUAAUUUAUCUCAAGUACUAUCAAUAAUAAAAGUGCAUCAUGUUAGCACUACAGUGAUGCAACCAACUGGUUGAACAUAGAAAUAAUGUAUCGUCGAUAAAUGUUUGAAUGUACAGUAUUCAGUCUUCCUGUGUGACAAAGUAAAGAAAAAUUAACCGCAAAUACUGACAGAAAAUGACAGUUUAGGAUAAUUUUCAGGAUAUCUGAUUAUUCUAAUUAUACGUAACUUUUUAUGUUUAAUUGACCUGAAUAAAAAAAUAAUUAAAAACUGCCCAUAUUUUGGUUUUUAACAACAUUGUUCUAUUGCUUCAAGAAAAACAAUGUUAGACCCAUGCAGGCAUGAGUGUAACAACUUCAGUGUAGUUUCAUGUAUUUAAUGAUGUUCUCAUGCUUUGGUCCAAUUAAUGCAACAGAAAAAACCAUACAUAUUAAAAUGCAUAUACAUAACAUAUAACCUGUCUGCAAAAUCUCAAAUUGCAUCCUCUGUGUUUUGCUCUAAUUAUAAAUAUUUUUGUUAACCUGAGUGUCUGUGUAUGUUUCUGUAUGACAGCUAUAAUAUAAUAAAAAAAAAAAAACGGAGCGUUUCAAAAAUGUAAUAAAUGCAAACGGCUUCAAACAAACUGUAUUAUGCACAACAGAGUCAUUCUGAAUCCUAGUUGUGACUAUGUUCAAUGUGGCCUUUACUUUCUCUUUCAUGUAAUGCAAUGUUGUAAAGGGUUUGUAUAAUAUGAUGUUUAUCAAAGUUACCAAGGCUUUAUGUUUUUAAAAAAUAUGUUUAAUAAAUAAAACAACUGUGAUAAACUGUAAA